CUUUCAAAAGACAGCCGCUUUUUUGUUCCUUCUCCUUGAAUGCACAGCUGGCAUACAAGGAUAUUUGUCUGUAGCUUUUGGGAUUUGUUCUUCCAUCUCUGCCUUUCUUCUUCUUCUUCUUUUUCUUAACUUGCUGAAUAAAAAAGGGUAAAGCUUUACUCUUUUAGUGAGGGAGGAGGAGGAAAUGGAGAAAGCAUUAACAAAAGUUGGGAGCUUGAAAGUUGGUGGGUUAUGGAUCUCAAAGAAAGCCAAGGAAGAGUUCUCUAACAUUACUGAAGAUCUGGUUACUUUCUCGAGCACGGUUGAAGAGAAGGCGAAAUGGGUUUUCAAUAAGCUGAAAGGAAAGCCAUUGAAAAGCUUGCCGGAUCUCCUCCGAGAGUACAACUUACCGCCAGGCCUCUUUCCCCAGAACGUCAUCUGUUACGAAUUCGAUGAAACCAAGGCCAAGCUUGAUGUGUACUUGUCCUCUCCAUGUGAGGUAAGCUUCAAGGAUUCCUCGGUUAUAAGGUACGCGACGCGUGUGAAAGCUAUUCUACUUAGGGGAAAGCUCACAGGCAUCGAGGGAAUGAAGACAAAGGUCCUAGUUUGGGUUAAAGUCACUAGUGUGGCAGUCGAAGGCUAUAAAUCCGACAAGGUGUGGUUCACUGCCGGAGUUAAGAAGUCGAGGCCUAGGGAUGCCUACGAAGCACCCCGGGAUGCCGUCAGAGUUGAAGAAUUUUGAGCACAUGAUAUUCAUCGCUGCUUAUCUCUUUUGGGGGGUUUAGCGCAUAGCUACUUCUAUAUGUAUAUAUAUAUAUAUUAUUGGGUUAAGAUUACUGCUUAUUUCAAGUUCAAGGACUC